GAAGGUGGCGCUCUCAUUGGGUGGUGUCUAGGCUGCCUUUGAGUAGCGAUAGGUGUCGGGUUAGGUUGUGACCGGGCAGGUGAGAGACCUGGUAACUGGAGCCGCAGAGUGGGAUUGGGAGGACGGAUCGGCCACCGCCCCGUCAGCUUGUGAGGACUGAAAAUGAACAAGCUUCGUCAGAGUUUCCGACGUAAGAAAGAUGUGUAUGUCCCGGAGGCCAGCCGACCCCACCAGUGGCAAACGGAUGAAGAAUCUGUCAGGACUGGGAAAUGUAGCUUCCAAGUUAAGUAUCUGGGACAUGUGGAGGUGGAUGAAUCACGGGGGAUGCACAUCUGUGAAGAUGCAGUGAAAAGACUGAAAUCAGAAAGGAAAUUCUUCAAAGGCUUCUUUGCAAAAACAGGCAAGAAGGCAAUCAAGGCCGUCCUAUGGGUGUCAGCUGAUGGACUCCGAGUUGUGGAUGAGAAAACAAAGGAUCUUCUGGUAGAUCAAACUAUAGAGAAAGUGUCCUUCUGCGCUCCAGAUAGAAAUUUUGACCGGGCGUUCUCAUACAUCUGUCGUGACGGAACAACAAGGAGAUGGAUCUGCCACUGCUUCAUGGCCGUUAAGGACACGGGGGAGAGGUUAAGCCAUGCUGUUGGAUGUGCUUUUGCUGCCUGUCUGGAGAGAAAGCAGAAGCGAGAAAAGGAAUGUGGGGUGACUGCCACCUUUGAUGCCAGCAGGACCACUUUUACACGAGAGGGCUCAUUUAGAGUGACCACAGCCACCGAACAGGCUGAGCGGGAGGAGGUUAUGAAGCAGAUACAGGAUUCUAAGAAAGCUGUAGAGCCUGAACCAAAGGUGGUUGUAUCGGUUGCUACUACAUCUGUCACUGUGACUUUGCCCCCUACUCCGACACUGCCAUCCUCACCAACGUCUGAAGUCCAUAUGCUGCAAGAAAGCAAAGAUCUCAACAACCCGCACAUGAUUCCACGGCGGCACGCGCCUGUAGAACAACUGGCCAGGCAAGGCUCCUUCAGGGGGUUCCCUGCUCUCAGUCAAAAAAUGUCUCCCUUCAAGCGGCAGCUUUCCUUACGAAUCAAUGAGUUACCAUCAACUGUGCAGCGGAAAACGGACUUUCAAAUUGUUAACCCAGUAGCAGAGAUGGAAGGGGAGACUGACAGCAUUAGUGCCUUGUGCUCCCAAAUCACCAACACUUUCAGUGGUCCACCUGAAGACCCCUUCACUUCAGCGCCCAUGCCCAAACCCACCACGCCACAGUCUCCACCAUUUGAAGUAAAUGGUACUGCCUCUGCAUUCACGUUGCCUGCUCCUAAAUCUGCUCAAGUGUCUGUGGCACCCACUGCAGCUCCUGUUCGUGAGACCAAUCCAUGGGCAAGUGCUCCUACAGCAUCUGCUCCACAGGUUGCUAGCACCGGAGCGCCGCCUGUGGCCACUGUAGUCGGGAGCCACUUUGCAUCUACAUCUACUGUAGUCCAGUCAAACCACAAGAGAACUCCUUCAGAGGCAGACCGCUGGCUCGAAGAGGUUUCCAAGACCGUUAAAGCUCAGCAAAGGCAAUCACCUGUUCCUGCCCCUGUCCCCGUGUUACAAGCCCCUCCACCUCUACUACAGUCUGUUGUUGGUGUACCAAAUCGCACCCAACCUUACCCAGCAAAUACUUACAUAGCACCACCACCUGUGACCGUCGCUGUAGUCCCUGGUUUGCAACCUACCUUCAUGCCUGUGCAGCAACCCUACACCAUCGCAAACGGAAUGAGCUACCCAGCUUCCAGUGUUCCAGUUGUUGGCAUCACACCUUCACAGAUGGUAGCUAAUGUUUUUGGAGCUGCGGGUCACCCACAAGUCUAUCAGCAGAAACCAUCUCCAGGUCUGGGGAAGCAGCAGACAUUCCCAAACUAUGAAACAAAUAGUACAACCAGCAGUCCCUUCUUCAAACCAGCUCCAAAGCAACAAAAUGGUUCAAUGGCAUUUAAUGGUGUAGAGAGCAGUGGUUGGGAUUUGGGUGCCAGGCACCAGCAAGGGCCUCCAUCUUCAACUAUAGAUCCUUUUGAAGCCCAGUGGGCCGCUUUAGAAAGUAAAUCAAAAGCUUGUGGAAACCCUUCCCCAACAAAUCCUUUCUCCGGUGAUCUCCAGAAGACCUUUGAGAUAGAACUUUAAAGAAGUGGUAUGCGUGGGUCUGUAGUGGGAACUUGUCUAAGGACACAAGUUCUUUUCUCCUAAAAUCUUUAUAUAGGAUAUAUAUGAAAUGGACCAAUGAUGGGACUGAAAGCUGCAAUACUCCUCAAAAGAUUACAUUCAGUGGACAUGUGGGGAAAAGACGUGGGCUUUCUUUCUCCAGAUCCUUCGUAGGCUUCCCUAGCAAAGUGCAUCAGAAGAAUUUCUGCUGUGGUCAUGAAAAUUAAUAAAAAAAUAAAUAUAUGGAUGUAUUUUCUGUACAAAAACGCAACAAAGAAACAUGGCUACAUACCAGAGAUAUGACUCUGCAAAGCAGUGUAGUAGUGCCUGAGCUUCCACAUCAAUAUUAGAGAAUAUAUAUGUACAUAUAAAGAUUGAGGGUUCUAUGGGGGGACAUGUUAAACUCUGAGCUGCUGGACAAAUAAGGGUGUCAGUGCACUUCAAAGCAUUGGAUUGCAGCGCCCCCUACUGGCAGACAAGGGAAUAAAGCCAAAAUCUUUAUUUUUAUGCAUUACAGAUAUUUUAAAUAGUUUUGGUUUAAUUAAUGGUUGUAUAAGUUUGUAAGUAAUUUUGCCAAAGUUUAAAAUAAAAAGAGGGUUCAGUUGCUAGUAAUUGUAUAUAAUAUGAUUAGCUGCUAAUUCUUAUAUAAAACAUAACUGGACUGCCUGUGGUUUUAUCUUAAUUUGCUGUGUCUCCUUCAGCUAUAAGUAGCACAUUGUUUAAACAAUCAUGAGCAGUGGAAUAUCUAUAUUGUACUGAAAACAACAGCAAAUUACAGAUCAGUAUUUGCGUGGUGUAAGAGCCAUUGCAGACCGUCUGUCUUCUUUUGUCCUUCCACAGUUAAAUUUUGCAUAUAAAAUAUAAAUAUAUAUAUAUAUAUAUAUAUAUAUAUAUAUAUAAUCUUUAUAAGUGUUGUUUCUUUUGACAAACUGCUGGUCUUUUGUUUUAUACGUAUGUUUUAUAUUUUGUAUAUUAAUAUAUAUUUUGUCAUAUAUAUUAAUAUAUGCAGUUUAGAUUUUUAAUACCACUAUGAUCUAAAUAUGCACAGUAUAUCUAUUUACCUAUAAAGCCUUUUUUUCAGUUUUUUUAUUUUUGUUUCUACUAUUUCGAUGUUCUCCUCUUUCAUUGCUUCUUGUAUACCUCAAUUCACAGAGAAUCAUCUUUUAUCUGUAAGUUUCAGUCUUGGUCAUAUAUAUGUAUAUUUGUACUGGUUUACUUUAACAGAAUAAACAUUGGUGGUGGAAAAUAAUUUACUUCCUCCUUUCUGCUUCCUGAGUUUUUGUAUCACUUAUUUGUACCUUUCUAAGCUGUUGGUUAAAUUGUCUGUAGUCUUUUUGUCAUUUGCUUUUAACCUGUGAAAUAAAAUGCACUGUGUGUACCUGUGAA